AUGGCAGACGUUGGAGAGAGAGAGGAAACAGGCGGCGGAGAGGAGGCUUGCGGUGAAGUCGGAGGUGAAGAUUGUGUCGUAGAUGACAGAAUAAUGGAGCUAGCAGCCGUAAUUCUGAGAGGCUACAUUAUAGAGAGGUUCAGAGCAGAAGGGAUCCAGCUGUCUCCUGAAGAGCUGGGUGGAACACCCAGUGAACUACAGGAUCAUGGGUUAAAAAAGAUGGUGGACAUGCUACUGGAGACUACUGAGGAACUAAACAGAAAUGCUGAGCUUCAACACUUAAUAAGUGAAGUCCAGGUCAAUUGUAUCCAGGAUGUGUUAAUUUCAGUGGCCAAGGAGAUAUUUACAGAUGGAAUCAACUGGGGCAGAGUGGCAUCCCUUAAUCUCCUGGCCUACACGUUUAUUCACAAAGCACACACACAGAACCAACCCCAAGUCAUGGUUAACAUUAUCAACUGGGUUCUACAGUUCAUCAGGGAAAACCUUAACUCUUGGAUCAGUCAGGAAGUAAGGAAAGCGGUCCGAAAGGUGGCAUGGUGGUGUAGCGUGACGCUCCUGGCUUCACUGGCUUGUGCUGCAGCCAUCGCAUACUGGAGGAAGCAUCGCUGA